AUGCCUUCACAAUCUUCGCAGUCCCGUGCAACGGGAUCACAGCAACAGCAGCAACAACAACAAUCCAAUUUGACGCAUCGCAAUACAGCGUCUUCGCGUCAGGACCCAGGGCAGAAUGGCGAACGGCCACUGCCCGAGCACCGCACAGCCAGCCACUGGGGCUUUGGUGGCCAUCACACAGGUCCCCCAGACGCGCAGCAUGGAUCACAUUGGUUCCCGCACUUCUCCACGUCGGGCAACCACCUGCUGCAUCACCCUCACCAUGAAGGCACCUAUGUGCACCCAGAAUACACCAAGCUUAAUCGACAUUAUGGCAAGCCCCGCAAAGGUCCUCUCUGGACGCUCGCAAAGCCUUUGCCGCGUGUUGUCCGUCCGGGCAUGCGCCGCGACAACGACAUAGAUGGUACGCAGGCAGUCGAGACCCACGCCAAAGGCGGGACGGAGGUGGCUCCGCAGAUUGGAAACACGCCUGGCAAUCCUGAGUCGCAGCCACAGCGGGAGUCAGAGCCGGAACAGACCCAACCUACCAACGAGCCGGAGCAAUCGAGUGCAGACCAGGGCGACAGUCAACGUUUUACCGAAGAUGGCCGUCUACGUCGCCCCUUGGCGAGCGAGGUGCACUUUCCCCCGGAUGAAAAAGAUGAGAAUGGCGACCCCCAACAGCAACCGCCAGAAUAUCACAACUGGCACGAGCAUCAGCCCGGGAAACCUCCUGUAGACCACGGCCCGCAUGGGCAUGGCGACCAUGGCGACGCCGACGUGGAUGAAUUCCUUAAUGCCUGGGCGCACAUCCGGCACAUGUUCCGCGAGCCAAUUGCUGAAUGGCUUGGCACUGCCGUCACCGUGUGCAUCGGCGUCUGCGCCGACCUCGCAGCUGUUACGUCUGGGCCCACCGCAAACACUGUCCCGUCUCCUACCUGGGCGUGGGGUUUUGGCUGCAUGCUUGGCAUCUACAUUUCUGGUGGUGUUUCUGGUGGUCACUUGAAUCCAGCCAUUUCCAUUGCCCUGUCCGUCUUCCGUGGUUUCCCGACCCGCAACUGUAUCAUCUAUAUUAUCGCUCAGUUCCUUGGCGCCCUCACUGGCGGAGGCAUCGCCUUGGCUCUGUACCGCGACGCCAUCUUGAAAUUCGAUAACGGUGUGCUGAACCCCCUUACUACCGGUGUCGCAAUGUACACGCAGCCGAAGAGCUUCAUCAGUCCCGCUACGAGCUUUUUCAACGAGUACGUUGGCACUGCGAUCCUGGCCUGCUCCGUGUUCGCGCUCGGUGACGACACAAAUGCCCCGCCAGGAGCGGGUAUGCAUUCCUUUAUCAUCGGGCUGUUGGUCGUGGUUAUCUGUAUGAGUUUUGGAUACAAUACUUCUGCAUGCCUCAACCCCGCCCGGGACUUUGGCCCGCGCCUGGCCGCGCUCAUGGCCGGCUACGGCCAUACCACGUUUACCGCAUACCACUGUUGGUGGCUCUGGGGCGCCUGGAUCGCCACCACGUCCGGCGCAAUCGCAGGCGGUGCGCUGUACGAUAUUGCCAUCUUUAUUGGUGGCGAAAGCCCCAUCAAUUACCCCAAGAAACGUCGCUACCGGGCCUGGCUCAAGCUGCAGGCGCGCUGGUGGCGCCGAUUGGGCCUGCUCGGCUUUGCCCGCGACCGCCAAAAGGCAGAAGAUCUCGAGGAGAAGAUUUCCGAGGCUGAGUGA